AUGGGGGCAAAGGACUGGGUGAGAGCGCUGUGUGUGAUGCAGUGGAUGUUCACCUUCCUCUGCCUCGGCCCUGCCUCCAUUCUGCUGCUGCUGCUGCUGCUCCGCACGCGGUUCUGGCUGCUGCCCUCCAUCUAUGGGGCCUGGUGGCUGUGGGACUGGGGCGGCGCCGAGAGGGGGCCGCGGCACUGGGAUUGGGUUCGGAACUGGCGGAUUUGGGACCAUUUCUGUGACUAUUUCCCCAUCCGGGUUAUCCGUUCUGCCCCACUCCCCCCCGGACGCAGUUACCUCUUUGCCGCUCACCCUCACGGCAUCGCCUGUAUUGGGGUCUUCGGUGCUUUCAUCACUGGGGGUCGGGGGGCCACGGGCACCCCAAAACCUUCCUUGGGGGACACGGAUAUGGGGGGGCCCUGUCCUGGCCUUCGCCCCACUCUGGCAGCUCUCACCGGGCUCUUCCAUCUCCCCUUCUACCGCGAAUACGCUCUGGCUGCGGGGUUGUGCCCUGUGAGCCAGCGCUGCCUGGACCGGGUGCUGGAGCAGAAGGAUCAGGCCCUGGUGAUCAUGGUUGGGGGCGCAGCCGAGGCCUUGGAGGGGACCCCGGGGAGUCACCGCGUCACCCUGAGCCAACGGAUGGGCUUCGUGAAGCUGGCGAUGCGCCACGGGUAG